GUAGGAUAGAAACCACUCCAUUCCACCCCAUCAUUCCAUUACCCUCUCUCGCAUCGGUUACACCAAAAGCAAACACCACAAGUAUAUGAUAUAUACGCAUAUUUCAUGUAGCACGUUAGCUAGCUACUCUCUCUCUCUAAUGAUCAUGUUUAGUUUCGGGGAAACCUAGCUAAAUUCCAGCUUCGAGAUCUCGUUUCAAUCAUUUUCUUCUUCAUUCAAUCCUAGCUACAAAAUAAUACUAGUACGAUCCGUCCAUAUAAAUACAUACACAAACAUCAACAGUUGUUUGUUUUUGAUGUGGGGCUCUUGCUUGUUUAAAUGGAUACUUUGUUUAGACUUGUGAGCACUCUCCAACCCGAUCAACAAUCCUUCAACUCGAGCAGAACGUCGAGCAGCUCUAGAUCUAUUUCGCAUCAAAAUCCUCCUCAUUAUCAAGUCGACGAAGAAUGCUUCAACGUUUUCAUGGAUGAAGAAGACUUGUCUUCAUCUUCUUCGAAGCAUAAUAAUAGUAAUUAUUAUCCUCCAUCGACUUAUAUACAGCAACAGUAUCACCACCAGCUGCCGCUCUCGAACACGCCGACGCCGACGACGACCAACACCAGCACGCCGCCGCAUCAGUACCAGCACCACCAGAGCAGCGGCGGUGCGGGGUUUGAGACGUCUUCGGCGGAUCAUUACUCGUACUCCUCGGCUCAUGACCUAACCCUAGAAUUCGGGUCUUUGGUUUCGGGCGGGAAGUGGGCGUCGGAUAUUCUGCUUGAAGCGGCACGCGCAGUUGCGGAGAAGAACACCACGCGCCUCCAGCAGCUGGUGUGGAUGCUCAAUGAGCUGAGCUCGCCUUACGGAGACACUGAUCAAAAGCUCGCUUCGUAUUUUCUCCAAGCGUUGUUUAGCCGCAUGACCGACUCGGGCGAGAGGUCUUACCGCACUCUCGUCUCCACUUCGGAGAAGAAUUGCUCGUUUGAGGCUACACGGAAGACGGUACUUAAGUUUCAAGAAGUGAGCCCAUGGACAACUUUCGGACAUGUGGCUUGUAAUGGAGCUAUUAUGGAAGCCUUUGAAGGGGAGAGUAAGUUACAUAUUAUUGAUUUUAGCAACACAUAUUGUACUCAAUGGCCUACUUUGCUGGAAGCCCUAGCCACCCGCACCGAUGAAACGCCGCAUCUCCGCCUCACCACGGUGGUGGCGAAUAAAGCGAGUGGUCCAGGCACGGCGGCGGUUCAUAAGGUGAUGAGAGAAAUUGGGAAUAGAAUGGAGAAAUUCGCUAGGCUUAUGGGCGUGCCUUUUAAAUUCAGUAUUAUUCAUCACACGGGUGAUUUAUCCGAGCUUAAUUUAGCUGAAUUGGAUAUUAAGGAAGACGAGGCCGUGGCGGUGAAUUGCGUCGGCGCGUUACAUUCAGUUCAGGCGGUAGGUAAUCGCCGCGACUAUAUGAUAUCGAUGUUCAGGAGAUUGCAGCCGAGGAUAAUCACGGUUGUUGAAGAAGAGGCGGAUCUUGAUGUAGGCGUUGACGGGUUUGACUUUUUGAGAGGGUUCCAAGAAUGUUUGAGGUGGUUUAGGGUUUACUUUGAGUCGUUGGAUGAUUGCUUUUCUAAGACGAGUAACGAGAGAUUAAUGCUGGAGAGGGCCGCUGGACGCGCCGUGGUUGACUUGGUGGCCUGCCCGCCGUCCGAGUCGAUCGAGCGGCGAGAGCCGGCCACGCGCUGGUCUCAUAGGCUGCAUGGAGCUGGAUACGCCGCUGCUUCGUUUAGCGAUGAAGUGUGUGACGAUGUACGCGCGCUUUUGAGGAGGUACAAGGAGGGAUGGACAAUGGCGCCGUGCUCGGACGCCGGAAUAUUCUUGUUGUGGAAGGAUCAGGCGGUGGUGUGGGCGAGUGCAUGGAAGCCUUGAUGGUAGGGUAUGGCUAAAUGGGUGUUCACCGGAGGUGCGUGGUUUUUUAGGGCACGUGCAUGCGGGUUAAAUAUGCUUGUGGGGGUUUAUGAUUGGAAAAACAGGAGGUCAUUGCUUUUGUUUGAUCGAAUAGAAAUCAAGUAACAUAUUCUUGACCAGACCUAAUUUCAGCUUCGUUUUCUUCUAAAUUUUGUUUGUUAUUAUUAUUUAAAUUUACCACAAAUGUUUUUACUAUA